AUGUUAAGUAAAUUAAUUGGGACUUUAGUUACCGUUUUAUAUGUUUUGCACAUUCUUUUUGUCCAUAAGUUAAAGCGCACAAGUAUGUGCGCUUUAACUUAUGGACAAAAAGGGAAACUUCUGAUAAAAAAACCCGUUGCACCUGUAAAUGAUUUAAUAUCUCUUUUGAAAGGAAAUUUAUCAAUCGGUGAAGUCUUCCAGAAUGCAUAUUUAAAAUAUAAAGCUUGUGGCAUUUUUGGGAUAUACGCAUUUUUCAAACCAACUCUGAUCAUUACCGAGUACCACAUAUUAUUCAAACAGUGCUAACAACAGAGUUUAAGUGUUUCCAAGAUCGCGGAGUGUUCUGCGAUGAAAAAGUCGAUCCUAUGUCGACGCACUUAUUUUCAAUGAGUGGCCAAAAAUGGCGUAAUUUACGAUCGAAAUUAAAUCCAUAUUUUAAUUUAGGAAAAAUAAAACAAUCUUUUAUGAUUAUAAAGAAAUGCAGCGAAGAACUUCAAAAAAAUUUAGAGGGCAAAGCUCAAAUAAAAGAUUGCAUAGAUAUUAAAGAUAUGUUCGAAAGAUACUUUUUUUAUUCUUAAGAUUUUUUAUUCUUAACAAUAUACGAGCAUUAAU